AUGUCGGACACGAAUAAACCGUACGUGUGUACACUGAGCAAAGAACUGCAGGAAAAGGCAAAGAAAGAACUUCACGAAACACCAGAGGGUCGGGAACAAGGUUUGAAAGCAUUACGAGAGAAAACUCACACACGUCCAGAUAUCAAGUUCCGCACCGAUGACGCGUUCCUGUUGAGAUUCUUACGAGCCAGAAAGUUCGACGUAAACCGAGCGUUUAAAAAUCUUGUUGCCUAUUAUGAAAUCCGUCACGAGUAUCCAGAAGUUUUUGACAACCUGGAAGUGGACAAAUUGAAAUAUAUCUGGGAAGAAGGACUUGACGGAAUGUUUCCCGGGAAAGACUCCGAAGGCCGCCGUGUUGGCGUAUUUCGACCAGGAAAACUUGACGUUGAUAAAUACAGUGUGAAAGACAUGGCACGUGCAAGCGUGUUAACAAUCGAGAAAAUGCUAGAAGACGAAGAGUCUCAGAUAACUGGUGUCGUAAUGAUUGGCGACUUUGCCGACUACACUGCCAAACACGCUCUUCAUAAUGGACCGUCAUUCGCCAAGUUGAUGAUGUCAAUUACCGAGAGUGCCAUGCCAAUUAGAAAUAAAGGAGUUCAUUUUGUCAAUACCCCCUCAAUAUUUGAAGCAGGUAUGGCGAUAUGGAGUGUGUUUAUGACUGAAAAGAUGAAGAAAAGGAUCAGAGUACAUGGCGACGAGUAUGGUACAUUGCACAAGUACAUUCCAUCAGCUAAUCUGCCGUCAGAUUACGGUGGAACCCAGCCAAGUGUGACAGAAUGUACCACAAAAUGGAUGAAAGAAUUACAAACAUGGGAGACAAAGUACAUCGCUGAAAAUGAUAAAUACGGUAUUCCGAAGAUGAAGGACGCCCUCGGUAAAGACGCCAAGACCAUAGACCCCAGUGGAGGACUCGUUGGAAGCUUCAAGAAAAUAGAACUAUAGUCAGAUUAAUCAUUCAAAGUCAUAGCAUACAAAACAAACUUGUCUAUUGUCACUUUUAAAAUGUGCAAAACAUUACAUUACAAAAUAUAUAAGACUAAAAAAUGGAACACGAUAUAUGUUUAAUGAAACUACUAAUUCCUGGACUUGCAUGCGUCAAGACGCUUAGCUGAAUCUACGAACAUCGGGCAUGGUUUUAUUGCUUUCAGUGUUAUUGACGACAAUACUUAAGAAAGAGAUAAUUAAAGUCGUAUUCUUUCCCAUUGUUUUGGAGUUACUAGACACUGGCAUCGCCAGCCGUUAACGUGAAAUUUGCAAAUGCGUGACUCGUAGUUAAGAAAAAUAACAAACAUUAUGCAGUUGUAUGAGCCACUUGUAUUCACGUUUUCUCUUGGGAUCAUUGGUUUGUUACAUAUUGCAGCGUUACGUCAUUCCUAGAUGGCUCUAUUGAAACGACCACGCCAUGCCGGAAUACGUAAGAGUAUUUGUAUACUGGGUAACUUGUGAAUUAAACUUGAAUGAAUUGAUCAAUCAAAACGAA